GAGCUCAGCUCGGUCGGUGUUGAUAUCGGUUGGCUCGUACGAAUUUUCGCAAAAUUUCAUGUGUUUUCGGUCGAAAGCAGUGUUCAAAGUGUACGGAAAGCGUUGUUCCAAGUGAUUUUCAUUCGUGGUAGAUAAAAUUUGUACGUUUCGUGACGUUUUCAUGCCGUAAUUACGUGCUUUGAAUCACUUGGGAUUCCUUUUUUCGGGGACGGGUUUCCUUUCGCGAGAGUGACGUUUCUCGAUUCGCCUCGACGGGUGUUUAUUCUAUGUGAGUGUAUGCGUGCGCAAUUGGUUGAAAUAAAGUAAUACACAACCAAAGGCACAGGAGAAAAGGUUUUGAUUGCAUGAUCGUGAAGAAAGAGCUCGAAUGUCGAUGAAGUGAAGGAAGAAAGUGCAAUCUUUUCGAGGUGUGAGUACUCGAAUGUUUGUUUUUGCUGCAAGCAGUGGAUCUCGGUAUUGUACGCGUGAGGAAACAUCAUUCUCCCGUUGCGUAGUGAGCAGUGAAUUUGCUGUGAAAGCCGAUUGGUUGUGUGUGGUAGUAGUGAUGGUGCUUGUCUGUGCUGUUGAUAUGUGAUGAGAUUUAAAAAUGGCUACAGCGAACAACCGUAGGCGCGGAGAAGGCGGCUCAUCGAAGCUGUCCUGUACCCGGUCAUGCUGUGGAGAUUUGUUUGGAUACCUUCUGCGGCUCCGGGUCAGUCCGGAGGAGCUCGAACAGCGCUAUAAGUCCCAAGAGAUUGAUAAGUUUCUCGAAAAGGAUAAGCAUGCAUUCAGAAGACAGGUUAAACUGCUGCUGCUCGGUGCAGGCGAGUCCGGGAAGUCCACCUUUCUCAAGCAGAUGCGGAUUAUUCACGGGAUCAAUUUCGAGCCCGAGCUAAUUCGAGAGUAUCAACAUGUGAUCUACCAAAAUUUAGUCAAAGGCAUGCAAGUGCUGUGCGACGCUAGGGAUAAGCUAGAUAUACCAUGGGAAGACCUGAAGUCCCAGCUGGAUGCGAACCAGGCGAUCCUGUUCCGCAGUGAUUCGUCGCUGGGUGUUGAACAGUUCCAUCAAUAUGUGCCGGUCAUCCGAAGGCUGUGGCAGGAUGGAGCGAUACAGCAGGCGUACGACCGACGGAGAGAGUUUCAGAUUAGUGAUUCAGUGAAGUAUUUCUUAGAAGAAUUAGAUCGGAUAGCGAGGUUCGACUACGUUCCCACACGUACCGAUAUACUACGGUGUCGCAAAGCAACCAAGGGGGUGUAUGAAUUUACAAUUAGAAUACAGACCAUUCCAUUCGUGUUCGUCGACGUUGGCGGACAGCGGACGCAGCGGCAGAAAUGGACCAAAUGCUUCGACUGUUCGGUGACCUCGAUACUGUUUCUGGUGUCGACGUGCGAAUUCGAUCAGGUUCUCGCGGAGGACAGGAAAACCAACCGCCUGGAGGAAUCGCGAAACAUCUUCGACACGAUUGUGAAUAACACCACCUUCCAGGGCAUCUCGAUCAUCCUGUUUCUGAACAAGACCGACCUGCUCAAGGAGAAGGUGAAAAAUCCCAACACCGACAUCCGCUGGUACUAUCCGCAGUUCACCGGCAACCCGCACUCGAUACUGGACGUGCAGAACUUUAUCCUGCAGAUGUUCAUGAACGUGCGGAAAAACACCAAAACGCCAAUCUAUCAUCACUUCACCAACGCGGUGGACACGCAGAACAUCCAGGUCGUGUUCAGCUCAGUCAAGGAUACGAUUCUGCAGCGGAACCUAGCGGCACUGAUGCUGCAGUGAGUGAGCUGCUUGGUGGUUAUUAUUAGAUGUUGUAGUUGUUCCGAGUGCGACUGCUUUCACUUGUCGCGAAAGGUAACUUGCAAGGGUCGCCUGUCCAGCCUUCAGUUCUUUGUUAAUUAUUAAUUAUCGUAUAGGAAGAAAACGGAAAGCAGCGACAUCCAAGAAAAAGUCCACUUUAGUUACGUUUUGUUAGGUGAAAUACGUUGGAUAGCAUCCUAUUAUUUAUUUUCUAUCGACAAAAGAUUUCCACUUUUCCUUUGCUACGAAGAGAUUUAUGAUAUUUGCGACAUUCAACAGCAGAGUAGAAACUGUAAGAUUUUUUUCUUCUAUCCGGUAGGGCGUUUAUAUCUUUUCCAGAAGAUAGAAGUAAUCCACUAGUGCUCAGGCAGGAUUGUAAACCUCAACCAUACUUUUGAAAAGUAGCCGAAUAGACAGAAUAAAUGCCAUCGCCUCGAGGGUUUCCUUCAGGUUUGAAAACCGUGCAUUGUUUAAACGAAUCUCGUUCAACAAAAACUGCCAUAUAGAAGAGUUACGGUAACUUAAUUCGAAAAAAUGUCUACCAUCAAGCAUUCACAUUAGUAUUAAGAGACUACAUUUUCAGGUCUCAUUUAAACUUAAUACAAAUUAAUUUGUAUGAAAGUCGAUUAAAACCCUCCAAUGCAAAACUCCAAACUCCUUGAGAUCCUUUGGCGUAAAAAUCGUUCAGGUUGAACGUCAGUGGUUCAGUGUAGAAUUAUUCUCUCAGACACACCAAGCAUUCGAUAGUUUGCCCCUUAAAUAUCGACCAUUGUCCAUCGCGAAAUUUGUUUUGUAUUACCCGACAAAUGAUUUAGGCAACGGGCGCGGUUUGCUAAACCGAACACGGGAGAGUACCUUUUAGGCGGUAUUGAAGAUCGUUAUGCUUAUAUAAAUAUUACACUGAAGCUUACGACCCUUCCUGUAGGUAGGGUGUAUGAUGCUACCCAACCAGUCGAAAAUAUUUUUUCUUCCACUCAGAUCACCCCGAUCACACAGUAGAUUACUUCAUGCAAACGGACAAUCACUGCCGACCGUGAUUCCGUCGUUUCCAACAGCCUUACCAUUUCCGCUCUUGAAAAGCCAUUCUAACUUCCUCUAACGUGAGAGGAUCCACAGUUUGUUCGUCAUUAUCGAUCCUUAUUGUGCUUAUGCGGAUUCUUCUAUACCUACAAUGUGUUCAUGUAACUCUACUUCUAACUGUAGUUGUGCAUGUCCUGGACAAUAUCCCAGAAAAACUACUACAUGCUGCAUCAUGCCGUUACGAAGCCAUCCAGCUCCACAACUAAAUGUCGUAUUAUUUUUGACACCAGCGCUAAAUCAUCCUGAUCGGAUCUGUCUCAAAACGAUGUGCUUUUCAGUGGUUCACAAUGGUUUGUACUCCAUUGGGCUGAGGUUUCGUAAGUAUAAGAUUCCGUUUUCUGCGGACAUCUCAAAAAUGUACUGCAAGAUACUUGUGGCAUCAGACGACCAACAUUACUAAAGGAUAUUCUGGACCGACCCGCUACAAGUUUUGGAACUGAAUAUGUUUGAUUCAGUUAGUCAACGAAGAAACCGAAGCGAUGCCAAUCGCUGCCCGUGUCGUAAAACAUGAGGUGUAUAUGAACGAUAUUCGUACCGGAGCAGAAAUAACACUAGAAGCCAUCGAAGCCCAACGUCAGCUGAAACUCCUACUUAGUCGAGGUUGUUUGCCUGUACACAAAUGGUGUUCGAAUUUCUAAGAGUUUCUAGAGCACAUCUCACAACAGUAUCAAGAGAAACAAGCUGCCCUCUCGGACUACGCAGCAAAUAAGGUCAUCAGUAUUUUAUGUUUCAUUUGGGAUCCUAAUGAAGACAUCUUGUAUACCGCACAUCAUCCCGAAUAACCGACAGAGCACACACAGAUCGUUACAAAAAGAACGCUGAAGUUGCAAAAAUUUUCGGCCCGCUUGGAAUAUUUUCACCGGUCAUCCAGAAUCCCAACAUUCGUCGCACCGUCGUCUAUACUAUACUGUAUUAUCCUAUACGUUAUACUCAUCUCUCAGAUAACCCAGAGCGAUGGGCAUUCUUGCUGGCUUCGCAUCGCUAAGACCUACUUUGGCAACCGAUGGCUUGUCGAUGUAGUUGCUCAGAUUUAUGUCGAAGUCACUAACUUCUCCGGCUUCUGCAUGACAAUGUCUACAACAUAAUGCGACAAUCGACUCGAUUACAGGCUGCUUUCGCGACGAAUUUGUUGGCUCUCACAUCUGCCUUUUUUACUGGACACUUCGGCGUUCUUCUCCUUCACCAAGAAACGAAUCUCAUUCGGGCCAAAAUCAUUCACAUCAAAAUAGUAUUCUCGUUCACUUUCUUCAUUCACUCUUUCUUCGCCAUCAUUGGCCGAUUCUUCUUCCAUUAUCUGCUGCUUUGAUUUCAUUUCUGAAAUCGGCAAACUCUCGACGGUUGUCAACCACAACUCAGACCUGUGUGAAGAUUAGUCGUCCAUCUCUAAAAAUCUUGCAUCAGGGCAGAUUGUGGAUCUUGUCAGUCAUCGUAUUAACAAAUGGGUAACCCUUGUGGACGUCAGAGUAUCCAAUGAACCGUGUAGCUUCUGCGUUGUGCGGCCGAACUUUCCCCGCUUGACGUCAGGCCGGAAAACCAUAUACUAUCGAAUGGCGAAGCGUUGAUUGCCGCCCGUAGCACUUGUUAUACGGAGUCUUGGCAACGGAACGCGGGUAAGCCACCAUCCAGGAGCAUCGUCAUCACCAUUUCCUGCAGU